AUAUAAGCCUGUUGUCUCUGCCCAGGUACUCACACUAGACCUGGGCUGUCAGGUUCACCACAUCACCUGAGGAGACCCAAGUUAAGACAGCAGACCAGGAGUGUAUCUUAACCGGUCAUCCAUCCUGAUUCCUGCAGCAUGGCUCACGAGCAGUCAGUCCUUGUCACUUCCAAUGCCACAUUCGUUCGUCCGUCAUAUUUCUACAUUAAUGGUUUCGAGGACAUCCCUCACAUCAAAUACUACUAUGUGUUCCUGGGUCUGGUCUACGCCGUGACAGUCCUGGCUAACUCCUUCAUCAUGGCAGUUAUCUACCUGGCCAAGAACCUCCACACGGCCAAGUACGUCGUAGUCUUCAACCUGGCUGUGACAGACCUGUGUGGAAGCACGGCUCUCAUCCCUAAGCUCAUAGAGACUUUUCUGUUUGAGAAGCAGUACAUCUCCUACGAGGCCUGUCUCAGCAGCAUGUUCUUUGUCUACGUCUUCAUGACUAUGCAGUCUCUCUCUCUCCUCACCCUGGCCUACGACCGGUUCGUUGCCAUCGUCUUUCCUCUCAGGUACCAUGUUAUUGUGACCAGAACGUCCAUGGCGGUGAUUCUAGUAGUACUGUGGCUGUUCACGCUGGCUUUGAUAUCCUUCACUGUUAGCCUCAUAACUCGCCUCUCCUUCUGUGGCUCUCUGGCGAUAAAGAGCUUCUUCUGUGACCACGGCCCCACCUACGCACUGUCCUGCAACYACAACUCUCUCAACAACAUCAUGGCUUGGGUCUGUUUCCUGGUGGUAAUGUGUAUCCCCAUCAUACUGAUAGUCCUCACGUAUAUCUGCAUUGCCAUCGCGUUGAUCAGGAUCGCCACGGGGGAGGAGAGGGUUAAAGCCAUGAGAACAUGCACAUCUCACCUAAUUCUGGUGGCCAUCUUCUAUCUGCCCAUGGUGGGUAAUAACAUAGCUGCAGUAGUCAGCUACAUACAUCCUAAUGCCAGGAUCAUCAACAACUCAUUGACCCAGACCUUGCCUUCUAUGUUGAACCCUAUCAUAUACUCACUGAGGACAGAGGAGGUCCUGGACUCCGUCAGAAAGCUUUACAACAUAUACUCACUGAGGACAGAGGAGGRCCUGGACUCUGUCAGAAAGCUUUACAAAAGGAACAAGGGGAACUGAACACAGAAUAAGAAGUUGACCUGUCACAAUAAAUAA